AUGGACUUCAUCAUUCGGACACCUCGUGUACCCACACCAGGAGAAACUCUGACAGUCCACUCCUUCGACACAGGCUUUGGUGGCAAGGGAGCCAACCAAGCAGUCGCUUGCGCACGUCUGGCUGAUUCCGAUAUUAAGGUCUCCAUGGUUGGGAAUUUGGGUGACGAUGGCUUCGGAGCAGAUUACUUUGAGGCGCUGAAGCGGGAAGGCCUGGACAGCAAGAAUGUGCGAAGUCUGAAAGGAGAGAAGACGGGGAUCAGUACGAUCAUCGUUGAUGAUGACGGCGAGAACCGGAUCCUGUUUGCUCCUAAUGCCAAUUACGCAAUUUCGCCGGAAGAGAGCAAGGAUUGGGAAUUAGUGCCUGAGGAGGCGGACGUGGUUGUCUUUCAGCUUGAGAUUCCUUCGAGAGUGGUAUACCACAACGUCCGACAAGCCAGUAAGAAGGGGAAACAUGUCAUCUUCAACCCUGCACCAGCAGAAUUAUUGCCAGAGGACAUAUAUCAGCACAUUGAUACCCUCGUCAUGAACGAAACAGAGUCUAGCAUACUGUCGCACAGUAAGUCUGGAACCCCUGAGGAUAUCGCUCAGCACUUUCUAUCCAAAGGCAUCAAAGACACUGUGAUCAUCACUUUGGGAGGCGACGGGUUAGUAUAUGCUACCAAAGCUGGCCUCAAAGGCAGACUUGCAGCCAAGAAAGUCAAAGUUGUGGAUACGACCGCUGCUGGUGACACGUUUGUUGGCGGGUAUGCUGUACAACGUGCCAAGAACGUUGGUAAAGACUUUGAGUAUGAAAAGGCGCUGGGAUUUGCGACGCUGGCUGCGAGUAUCACGGUGCAGAGGAGAGGUGCUAUGGAUGCCAUACCGAAGCGAGACGAGCUAUAA